AUCGUAUGUCAGGUUGGAGCAUUAGCUGCGUGUUUCCUCGCUAAAAGAGGUCAUCGAGUAGUCAUCUAUGAAUAUCGGUCAGACAUACGACUGGAAAACUCGCUCGGUCAGAGUAUCAAUUUAGCCCUGUCAGUUCGUGGACGAGAAGCUUUGAGAGCGAUCGGUCUCGAGGACGCUUUAGUGAAAUGUCACGGUAGUCGUAUGCGUGGCAGAAUGUUGCACGAUAAGAAUGGCAAUUUGAAAGAAAUUUUUUAUGACAGUGUCAAAGGAAAUUGUAUUUAUUCUGUCAGUAGACGACAUCUCAACGUGGUUUUGUUGGAUGCCGCGGAAGAGUAUCCGGAGGUGCAACUCAACUUCAACAGAAAACUCGUGGAUGCCGACUUGGAAAAAGGACGAAUGAAAUUUUUAAAUAUGGAAACGGGAGCGAUAGAAGACGUAGAAACUGAUCUGAUAAUUGGCGCCGACGGCGCGUACUCGAGAGUGCGAAAAAUUAUGGCUAAGAGACCGCUCUUUAAUUAUGCACAAACAUACAUCGAACAUGGAUACGUUGAAAUUUCAGUGCCGUCUGGAAAAAAGAAUGAGUUUGCGAUGAAUGGUAAUAAUCUGCAUAUUUGGCCACGUGGUGAAUUUAUGAUGACCUCGCUACCGAACGAGGAUCGCACGUUCACCGGCAAUUUAUUCGCCCCGUUCUCCGUGUUCGAAAAGCUCAAGACGCCUAAGAUGUUGUUGACUUUUUACGCUGAGCAUUUUCCGGAUCUAUUGCGGCUGAUCGGCAAGCAGAAUUUAAUAAAACAAUUUUUCGCGCAAGAACCACGAACGUUAAUAUCGGUGAAGUGUAAACCCUAUCACGUCGGGAAAACUGCUCUUAUAGUUGGCGAUGCUGCUCACGCGAUGGUUCCUUUUUACGCUCAAGGAAUGAACGCAGGCUUUGAAGAUAUUCUGUUGCUCGAUGAAUUAAUGGAACGUUACAAUUCGGACUUCGCUAAAGUUCUGCCGAAAUUUUCGGAAUUACGAUGCGAUGAUGGCCAUGCCAUAUGCGAUCUGGCAAUGUAUAAUUAUCUUGAGAUGAGGGACUUAGUGACGAAAAAAUCUUUCCUUGUUCGGAAAUUUCUUGACAAUUUUUUGUACACAUACAUUCCCAACUGUUGGGUACCGCUUUAUUCCAGUGUGCACUUCACACGCAUGAGUUUUCGCGAUUGUAUAGCUCACAGAGAGUGGCAAAAUAAGGUAUUAAGAACAAGUGUUUGGAGUUUUGGAGCUUUAAUUCUCGCCAUUUUAAUUAUUCUUUUUAUAUAAAGUUCUAUAUAAACACUAUCGAUUGCAAAAUAUUAUCAGCAAAUAAUGACUUAACGAUAAUCAGAACGCAAUUAAUAAUCAAUGUGAUUAUAUAUUUCUGAAAAUCACAGUGUUUGUAGCACCCUCUAUUUUUAAUCUGAUCUAAUCACAUACAUAUAAAGUUAUCUGUACAUAUAAAAUUAUGAUCUAGUAAUCAUAAUUUUAGUAAUCAAUCAUGACUUUUUUAUUAUCAAAAAUUGUUCAAUAUCGAAUCAAAUUAUUCAAUUAGUGCAAUUAUUCCAAUUAUUUCAAUCGAAAAUUAAUUCUAAAAAAUAACUUUCUACAGUUCUUUAUACACUACACGUAUUAAAUACUUGAGCAUAGGUCACAUUACAAAUUAAUUUUAUAUCAUAAACAUUUGCAAAAAAAUUCAAUUUUUUUUCGAAGAAAGAUUAUUAACAUUUGAAGAGAUCAUUAACAUUAAUUAAAACGUAUGAUUAGUACGAUAUAGGAAUGCUGGAUAUUUAAUUUGUAUAGAAGAUGAUGAUGGUGACAUCAUGUUACUAAAUUGAAUGCAAUAAACAUUUUUAUGUGUGUUUAUAUCUUCUGUUCGAUACUUAUUAUCUAUAUGAAAUAUAAAAAAUCUAUAAAAUAUUUU